AUCACCAGAUACUGCUAGCAACCCUGUCAUCUCUAGGAAUCUCAGGCACUCCUCUCCGCUGGUUCAAAUCCUACCUCUCCGGCAGAUCCUUCAGGGUGUCAUGGAGGGGCUCGCUGUCCACUGCUCACCACAUGAUCACUGGGGUCCCUCAGGGAUCGGUGCUUGGACCGCUGCUUUUUUCCUUCUACACGACAUCCUUGGGACGCAUUGUAACAGUCUUGAGAAACUGGUCCAUAUUUUUCUAUUGUAAUGCCUCUCCAUGCCUGUCUUAGGAGGUCUGUCCCUUUAAAAAAAGGUCAUGUGGUCAAGACUGGUUAUAGAGGUGCAAGCAUGGCUGUGAGUGUUUGCUAGGCUCAGCUUUAUGCUAUUAUUAACCCCAUUAUGAGGAGCCUCUUUGGUUCUACAGCUCAUAGUAAGUUGUGCUGUUUUUACUUGUCAGUAUUGUGAGUUGUAUAUUCUUAUUUAUGUUUUGUAUAUUUGUUUAGGGGAUUCAUUGUUAGCCUCAUUAAUAUAACAAGAUGGACAUUUCCUCUGGACUAUAAUUUCUUCACCAUCGAUCACAUUGAUUCUUUACGGAUUAUGCUUUUUAAUUCGGAUUACUACCUAUUGGAUUUCUACACUACGGAUUGGUGAACUGUUAAACUAUCUCUACUGUGCUUUAUUGUCGGACUCAUGAACUCUUGGUUUGGUUUCAAACUUAUGUCUGGACUGAAAUGCCCAAAGUGAUGAUGUUGUAAAGAAUUUAUCUUGUAUGGUUGGGUUAUCCACUGUUUAUCUUGAAUACACUUGGCUCUACUCUCAGAUGAAUGGAUCCCCCUUAUUUAUUUAAUUGUUUGUAUAUGUGACUAAAAUAGAUGCGUUACAGCAUCAUACGGGCACACUGCUUCUCGUAUCAUUGUUAUGCUGACGACACCCAGUUCUAAAAGAACUACUUGUGUUUCCGGCACACCCCACGGUGCAACACGAUCUCGCCAUCCAACUUGGUAAUACCACAAUCACGCCUUCCAAAACAGCCAGGAACCUCGGCGUCAUAUUUGAUGAACAGCUGUCCUUCAAUGAUCACAUUGCAAAGACAACGCGGCAUGCCGGUAUGCGUUGCGGCACAACUCCUUGUCCAGGCCCCGGUCAUCUCAAGGUUGGACUACUGUGAUGCUCUCCUUGCUGGUCUUCCUGCAAUGGCUAUCAAACCACUCCAGCUGGUUCAGAAAGCAGCAGCGCACCUGAUCUUCCAACAGCCCAAAAGAGCUCAUGUGACGGCCCUUUUCAUCUCUCUCCACUGGCUACCGGUUGUAGCCCGUAUCAGAUUCAAGUCACUAAUGCUUGCCUACAGGACUAUCACUGGAUCUGCACCGGCACACUUUCACACCCUCCUACACUCCAUCAAGAACCCUGCGUUCAGCAAACCAGCGGCGUCUUGUACUGCCUUCUCAUAAGGGCAGUAAAUCGCUUUCCCGCUCAUUGUCCUUCACAACUCCUUCCUGGUGGAACAUUCUUCCUAACUCGGUCCGGUCAACCACAUCUCUCACAACAUUCAAAAAACUACUUAAAACCCAUCUCUUCUGUGAAUACUUGACAGACAAAUGAAGAAGAAAAAACCCACUAACCCUCUCUCUUUCGCUCGACUGCUAUUGGUCUGGCUUUUGCUGAAGCUAGUAACUUUGCAUUAGCACCUGUUGUAUUAUUGCUCCUGUGUGACAUAUCGCUUAUUGCUCCCUGAACUCUCUGUAAGUCGCUUUGGAUAAAAGCGUCUGCUAAAUGACUAAAUGUAAAUGUAUUGUUGUGGACAGUGAUGUUCUGCUUCCUAUGAUUCCAGGUCCAGUGGCUUUGUUCUAUAAACCAGUAAAUGUCAAGGAAACUGAGUGGUUGUUGAGCUUGAGGAUGAAUGUAACUCAAUUAUUUUAAUUAAAUAGCCGAUAAAUAACUAAACGGUCAUUUGGCUGUAUCUUUGCCACACUUUUGUGUAAUAAAACUUGCGAUGUAUCAUAACAGGCACUGUCUGCAAAGUUAUAAGCAACUUUAGUUUGUUCUAAGUGUUUUUAAACUUGGUUUUCAACACCUGAUCAUUUGACAUGUAGAUUUUUCUUUAUAUAUUAUUAUUAUAUUACUUUAUAUAUUUAUAUAAUAUAUUUGUGGGUUUCUAUUUGUACUCCAUUUUCAUUUGUAAGUCUGGCUUUAGCAAUUACCCCCUGUAGCUGUGUCUAGGAAAGAGUGAUGUUGCUGAUUAUUCUAUGAGGAUUGACAAAAGCUUGAGGUGAAAUGUUGCUCUUGAGUCUGUUUAAGAUGUUUUUGUACCUUUUUUCACUUUGCAGAUGUAAAAUUUUUGAUAGACGUUUGUGGGUGUGUUGAUCUCAGUGUGCGGACAAAAAACGAUUAAAAUUGUGUUAAUAAACAUUUUUUUAUGAGACACCGUGUCAUUAUUUAUUAUCAUAUAUACAUAUUUUUGAAAUAUCAUUAGUUUUUAAGAUGUUGAGAUUAUUGCGAUGAAUUGAACUUUUGUCCAACAAUUUGGAUUGUAUUAUGUAGAGAGGUAAUGUUAACCACAGCGCACGCGGUCAGAUCGUGUCCGGUGCCAUAGUGUAACGGCGGGCCAGAGAGUUAAGAGCCAACGUUACCCGGAUUGACACAGAUGGCCAGAGGAGAAGGAAACACGAGUCCAUUAGAUAGUCAUUUGACAAACUUUUUUAGCGGUUUGCACCAGCACUCCUGUUACACACAUAUAAAAGGGCGAGUACAGAAACGGAAACAAAACACUGUGGUACCGUCACAAACAAAAGAAAAUAGCGUACACACGUGGUCAGCGGUAGAGCUAGAGCGACCAUCACUCUCCUUCACCUCUCUGCGACUGCGCGUGCUCAUCAAGCGUCUUAAAGUCACAUGCACGCCUUAAAACAUUAUGUGGCCGUUACAAUAGCAACGCUGGUAAAACCUUUAAACUGCAAAUAAACAACUAAAAUAAAUGAUCAAUAACAUCUAGUGCCGCACUUUAGAAGUAAAAAUACGUUAGAAACGCUUAAUUUGUGUAUAUUGACACGAAAGUCUUUAUAACCCACGCGCAGUGACAGAAGCUUAAUUUCUCUGCACGCGACGGUUGUGUCUGCUGAAAAACGGCAUAAAUCGUGUGGAAAUGGCGAAAGCUCGACGCCCUCGGCUGGGAAAAGUGCUCAAGGACUUCUUUUGCAUGCCGGUGGUCAUCGACUGCUCGUGCAAGGAGUGUAAACCUGAAGCGUCUCCUGAGAUCGACUCCUCGAGCGUUUCUAGUGAAUCCGAGGUGUUUGUCACAGCACAAACAAGCUUGGUGUCACUUGUGGAAGAUGCCACACAAGACAACGUGGAGCUUGCACCAACUGAGGACGGAAAAGAUGUCGAAGAGCGUGCAAUGAACAGAACAGAGGACAACAAAACCCAGGGAAUCAUGGAAAAGAGCCAGUGGGAUUUAAAGCACAUUCGAUUUUCCUCUGGCCGGCUCACUAGGCUUGAUGACUUUGUGGCCCGCUAUCCGUUGAGUCACACUGCUCUCCUGAAGGAGUAUGAAGACUCCAAAAGAGUUUUCAAAAGAAAAACAUACAGAGUGGACCAAGAAAAGUGGAAGGAAUGCCAGCAGAAAAAGAGGGGAGAUAUGUCACACCACUCCGGAAGCCAUUUCCUUUCAAGACCUCCAAAAAUAAGGUUGACUCCUCAGUGCCUACGGGUCCCACUGGGAAACACAAGUCUUCACUACAGCCUAGUUCAUCCCUGCAGGGGGACCAAGAAGAAACGGAAAGGCAGUAGUUCAGGAACCAUCCAAGACAUCAGUAACCACACAGCAUCAACUCACCUCCUGGUGGAAAAGAAAAACCACAGAGGUUGUGGUUUCUGUGGUUUCUACCCAACCUGUAGGACAAAUGAUUACUAUUCAUCACAAAGAGCUCCGUUCACUUCAACCACACCGCUGGCUUUAUGGCGAGCACAAACAAGCUUGGUGACACCUGUGGAAGAUGCCACACAAGACAACGAUGAGCUCUUAGAUUGAAGAAUGUAAUCGGCCUCCAGAGGUAACUGAGGUGCUCCACUGGUAACAGUUUUUCUACAUACAGUAUAUAAGCCACAACCCCCCCACUCACAUUUCUAUAGGAUACAUUCAUAGCUUUUAGAACGUUAAUUAGCAUGUGAUUAGCUUUUAGCAUGUUGCCGUUUGUUGUCUUGGUGUAAAUUAGAUUUUAGAAUGUGGUGUUUGUUGGUUUUUCCCAGAUCUGUUUCAGUUAGCAUUUAGAAUGUUUGUUAGCGUUUGGCUUAGUUUAGUUUAGGGUUAUCAGGUGUUUGUUGGUAGGGCUGUCACAAUUAUUAAAUAAUCGUCACAUCGCAAUUAUUUCACAUAACCGCAAAUAUUGUGAAUUCUUUAGAAAACAAGGGUGAUCUGCAGUAUCUUACAUCCACCGUCCUUGAUCUUACAUUCAAAUGACUUUUCUCCAUCAUUUAAGUUGUAUUAUACUGUGGCGUAUUGCUGCCACGUACAUUUUAUUUUUUCCACUCAUUUAUGUCAUAAUAACGAGAUCAUAUGUCGUUAAAUCGAAAUAUGUUGUUUUAACGGGAUAAUACGUACUGGCAGCUGGGUUGCCAGCCACAUUCUGUAUUUUUACAGAACCACAACUGUAAACAAUAUUUACAGUAUUGUACUGUAGUUGCCAGAUACAGUAUCAUGCUGUACUUUUAUUUUUUUACAGUGUGUACUGUAAAUCUUUUCACCCUCAAUUUACAUUCUGGCAGCUGGGUUGCCAGCAAAUUACUGUAUCUUUACAGAACUAUGACUGUAUUAAGUACUGUAUUAUACUGUAAUGCCACUUAAUUUUACAACAUUACAACGUGUAAUAUAUUGCAAUAAAUUUUAUUUCUACACAGAAUAUC